CUCCUCCUCCUCCCAGUCCAUGAGUCAAAGAGGGCAACAAGACACGAGAGGAGUACAGCUGUGGUGAUGUGGUGUUUCAGGGCUCAUCCUUCAUUUCGCAGGUCACUCCUUUAACUUGACGCCGUCGAGCCUCCUGACGCUGUUCAGUUUUGGGGAUGUAAACGGAGACACUUUAACGGAGCCCAACUGAUGUGACUCAACCAGAGGAGUGUGUUCAUUCAGUCCCCCAGGAACAAUGAGCCGCUAGGAGCCCAAACGUGCCGCGAAAGCCUUAGGCUUGUAAGGGAACUGGCUCGGCUCUUCCAUCCUUCCCCUCUAACAUCCCACUGUCUCGCACCACUACCAUGUCCUUUCCCUGCUGUGCCCAUCCCAUGGAGAGUGCACGCCCACCCAGAUAGGAUGCCUGCCUUGCCCGACGCCCUGCAUCCCCUCCUGCCCAUCACCACCUCCUCCUUCUCCUCGUGUGUACCUGCUCUUGCCAACAGUUCCUUGCGGCCCCCGAGGCUCCGCCCUGCCCCACUCCAACAUGGUGGAUGAGGUAACCACCAUGAAGGAUGACGUCAUCAACGCCAACACGCUGGCUUGGCUGGUUUGCUCAGGCGUGUCCAUCCUGGCCAACACUUGGAGCAUUCUUAGCGUCAGCGCCAAGCAGAAAAAGUGGAAACCACUGGAGUUCCUCAUCUGCACGCUGGCGGGCACGCACAUCCUCAACAUGGCCAUCCCCAUCACCAUGUACUGUGUCAUAACGCUGCGCCGUCAGCACUCCAACUACGAGUGGAAUGAGGGUCUGUGCAAGGUGUUUGUCUCUACCUUCUACACUCUCACGUUGGUCACCUGCUUCUCCGUCACCUCGCUCUCAUAUCACCGCAUGUGGAUGGUACGCUGGCCUGUAAACUACAGGUUGAGUAACACCAAGAAGCAGGCAGUGCAUACUGUGAUGGGCAUCUGGAUGGUCUCCUUCAUCCUGUCCACGCUUCCAGCAGUGGGCUGGCAUGACACCAUUGACCGCUUCUACACCUCUGACUGCCGAUUCAUUGUGACGGAGAUCGGUCUUGGCUUUGGCGUGUGCUUUCUGCUGCUAAUCGGCGGCAGCGUGGCCAUGGGUGUGAUCUGCAUCGGCAUUGCUCUCUUCCAGACCUUCUCCAUUCAGGCGGGCCACAAUGCCGACAAGAACAAGUUCAACGUCCCCACCAUAGUGGUGGAGGAUGCCCAGGGGAAGCGCAGAUCAUCCAUCGAUGGAUCUGAGCCUCUCAAGACGUCACUGCAGAUCACCUACCUGAUCAGCGGUAUUGUCUUCAUCUACGACUUCCUGACUGGCUUCCCCAUACUGGUGGUGAGCUUUGCCAGCUUGAAGUUUGACCGCUCCUACAACUGGAUGGUGUUGUGUGUGCUGUGGUGCUCCAUUGCCCAGUCCAUCCUGCUGCCCAUGUUCCUCUGGGCUUGUGACCGCUAUCGGGCUGACAUCCGCAUGGUGUGGGAGAAGUGCGUUGCCAUCAUGUCCAAUGAUGACGUGGACGAGGAAAACAGCCAAGAUGGAGGAAUUCAUGCCGACUUAAUAUAUGACAGACCAUAUGACUAUAGCUCGGCGCCUGAAAUCGUGACGGUAGACCGUAAUGCCAAGUAUGAGUUCUCAACCUUAGAAAGGGGGGUUCCGCAAGGGUAUCCAUUGAGGGAACAACAGGAAGAUAAAAUGCAGUAUUUGCAGGUGCCCCCUACAAGAAGAUACUCCCACGACGAAACCGACAUGUGGACCAGCGACCGGAUCCCCUCAUACCUUCACCGAUGGGGCUCCACCGAGGACAUGAUAGUGAGUGCCCACUACAGCUCCACCUUGCCGCGCCACGAGAGGCGCAGGAGCAGCCUGGUCUCCUACCACGAGGAGAGCCACCAUCACCAUCACCCUCACCGCAAGCGGCGACGCUCUGAGGAUAGUAUGCACUCCCUCAAGCACCUGCCACGCGUGGUGUGUGGCGGGGAGCACUAUGAGGAUGAACUGCGGUGUUUCAGCCGCGAUGAGGUGAUUAACUUUAUAGAUGAGACGCCGCUGCCAAGCCCCAGGAAGAGCCCGCGGCGCACAUCCACCAUCUCACUUAUCCCCAACGUGUACGAACAGCACACAGUCAUCCUUCCUCACUUCCCGCUCACAGACUUUGAGCGUGAGCCUCAGGCGCUCAGGCGUGUCUCAGAACACAAAAGGAGCAGUAGUCGGGGAAACUCACCCGAGGGUUCCCCCAAACCAGACAGACCUACUGGAAAGAAGAGUCCUGGGGCUUGUGGCUCUGGUAAAGGCUGCCGGGAGCGCCCAAGAGACGGGAAACAGCAGUGUGAAGUUGGCUCACCUGGGCGUAGCCAGCAGACUCCAGGGCACUCUAGGCCGAGGACAGGCGGUGGAGCUGGGGCUGGUGCUCGAGCUGACUGGGGGCAUCAGAAGCACCUGAGCAAGGCCGAGAGUAAAGGAAGCACAAACAGUUUUGUAAGCACACCCUCGGUAUCAUCCUCGGGAUACAUCACCUUUCACUCUGAUUCUGUGGGCUCCACGACCUAAAAAGCAAGCUUUCCCUUGUUAAUAUCAACAUUAUUACUAAAGUUAUUAUCAUAAUGAAAACCACUGGAGUAUUGGUGGUUAUGGGAAAGUGACAUACUGGGUUAUUUGGCCUUUUUACUUGUGACACUUUUCUGUUUUACUAUAUAUACCACCAAUAUCUGUUAUGCUAAAUGGCCUUGAGAACUUUGGACAUAAUGUCUGAAUGGGCCUAACGUUCAUUUCGUAUGUAGGCUGGUGAAAAGGUCGGGUGAUUCUGCUUUCACAUCACACAAUAUCCACACCACACUUUUUUCCAGCACAGGCACAAAUAAACUGUUUUUAAUGGCGUGAACAUUCCCACACCUUGUUUUUGCUGUUUGAUGUUGUUUCCUAUGAAAUGCUCAAAGAAUUGGAGGAGGUAGUUAUUUGGGUAGUGUUUAUUUCUUUCUUUUUUUGCACUUAAGAACUUGAGCUUACAUUGUAUUUUAUUUGGCCUGUAAUGGCUGUGUGUUUUGUUGUAUGGACACAUUUGCUUUAAAACCAAACUUUCCUGAAUACCGCCCAUUUACCUUGAAAUUGACUUAAGGAUACAACACAAUAUACAUAUUUAUUUUAUUUUGAUCAUGAUGUACAACUUUUCUAUUAACAAUAUUAUUAACAACACAAGAAAAACGUUUUUUCAAGCACCCAUAUAUGUUUAAGUAAACUGAGAGUGGUAAUCCCAAACUCUUUAAUGCCUAAUAGUUUUACAGUUACUGUGUGAGAUAUUGAGAUAUUACGUGAAGACCCCAACUACUUAAUGAAAAUGUGAAGACAGUUUUUAAAGAUUGACAUGUCAUGUAUAUAUGAAGGAUACUGGAUUUAUGGUUUUGUUGUUUUUUGUUUUGUUUAAUAAGACCUAUGCUUAGAACAUUUCCUCCCAAUUCUUAUUAUUCCACUGUUUGUGUUGAGAUCAUCAGGCAUCAACAGUUGCUCACGACAUUGGAUAUUUACAUACAGAACAUCAGACCAAUAGAGCUGGAAAUAGCUUUAUCCUCAUCUUCUGAGCAUGUCAGCCUGACCUCACCUCCUGUUUCAAUAAUGUGCUAGAAAGCACCAAUAAUGAUUUUAGUAGAAGAAGUGGGAACCUUUAAAAGAUGUCCAAUGGUCCAAAAGCGGAUAUCACAGCAACAUUUUUAGCAUGAAUUAAGAACAUUGUGAAUAUAAUUACAAUUGAUUAUAAUUGCAAAUUAAUAACUUCUAGAAAGUUAUAUGUUUCAACAAAAAUCUGACAUUAUAAUUAAUAUGUUAUCUAAUAACAGGCACAAAAACAGCUAAUGGUGCUAUUCUAUGAGGUUUUUCAGGUGUGAAGAGACUUUAUCUAAGCUCCAUAAAGUAGCCUAAUGGAAAUUAAAUAUAAGCAUUUGCAGAGCCCCAGUAAUGGAUCCUGGGGAAAAAAAUAAAGUUUAGAUGUUUAUAAUAUAUUUGGAGAGAAUUUGAUUAUUUCACAUCAUAGCAAAUUAUAAAAGUUCAAAAAUAGUAUUAUUAUUAUCAGUGAAAUGCCCCAUCAUUUUGAGAAAUUCUCAGUUAGCACACUCAAAUGGACACUGGGGUGAACUUUACAAUGAAGCUGACUUUACAAAUCCCAAUGUUAAAUUAACAAAGAACUUGUGUGACAAUGUGCUGACUAAAAAGAGUGAAAAUGAUUCUACUAACAAAUACUAGCAGACCCAACUUUGGGCUUUAACCUCUCAUGGACAAUAGCUGCUAACAUGAAUGUAUUUGCACUAAUUAGGUUUAAGUUUUCAAAGAAAUGAUUAAGACUAUAAGGACAAUAUGAAAUGAAAAUAUCCCCUUUGACAGCCUUAUUAGUUGUGAAACUUUUUUGUUAUUCCCAUCCAAGUAAUAAAGUUGCGUAUGUGUUUUCACUCAUCUGCGGUCCUUUAAAUGUUUAGUUUGAAUUCUAAUGUAUUAGUGUACCUCUCACCAUUGCAACCUAUUCAAAUGGAGGAAUCAGCUGAAAUGUAUCUUUCUUUGGACCCAUAACAUCACACCCCCCUGUCACACUUUGCUAUGUCAUAGAUUUUUGCAUUUUGUGUUUACAAUAUUAAAAUAUAAUUUUGUAACAUAUUCAAAGAUUUAUGACUCAAAUAUGAAUGAUGUUAAAUGUUAUGAUUUUCUUGUUCAGAUGAUGACUUUGUUAAAAAGAUAUGACUGAUUAA